UUCUCUCCCUUUAGAAAUUGAGCUGGUUACGUGGGUGACGUUUUAAGUUGCGUUGUACGCAGAUAACGUAGUGCAGCGUUCUCAGCACGUACGAACUAAGUGUAAUUGCCUAUUCACUAAGCUACACCAGUUGAGCAUCAUAUUGUGCACGCGUUCAUGUACAGCGUUCAUGUGCAAGAGAAAGUUUAUGACAAAAAACUACCAUGUACCACUAUGGUCACUCUUGUGCAUUAAACACUUAAACGCUCUCUGAUGACUCCGACUCUUUGACCAGAGUUCUGCAGCGGUCAAUAGCAUAGUCCACCAGUUUUCAGUGGGGCAAUCCCCAAUAUAUGGUCCUUCGAGCCGGAGCCAUUGACUACUGCAGUGAUGUCAUCGGAAGAGCGAUCUACCUCUUUCCCUCAUGCUGAGAUGUCAGGCAGACCCUCACGGCAUCGUCGCACACCCAAACAUCUGGAGGAGUAUCUCCUUGACUACAGCCAUCACCGACCUGCUCUUUCCUCCUCACCUACAGCAGAGGUGCCAGUGGAGCAGAGAGGAGCAGCAGCCGCAGUGGGCAUAUUUAGUCAAUCACGACCAGACUCCAGCCAGGGUGAGCAUCCAGCUACAAGCUCCACAGACUUAUUAAGUAUGAGUUCACUGAGGGAAUUAAUGAAGUCUAUCUCUGAGAAGGAAAGAGAUGAAGCUGCUGACAUGGCUGCACUUCAAAGCAAACUCAAGCAGUAUGAAAAACGACAGCAUCGGCGUAAAGAGCUGAUGAAACAUAUCACAUCAUUCCUGAUGGAAGAAGGUGAUGAAGAGGUGCAAAGUGUAAAGCCUGCCACACCAACCCCAAACUCACCUCAACCAUCCCCCUUAUCAAGUCAUUCUUCCUGUUCAUCACAGUCACCUGACAUUGAGUUACAUACCAAAGGACAAGGACAUGUGAGUGCCACACAAAUACAUGUAAACACACCUACUGUAGAGGCAGAGGACUUUAACCCUGGUUUCGUGCCAAUACAGCCAGUCAAUUCACUCCCUUUGUACUCACCACUUUCAUCUGGUACAUUACCUACCUCCGUGCCCCAACACCAACAUGUUACAAGAACAGACACUUUGCCACUACUGCUUAAUACACAGUUCUGCCCUUAUGAUGACGCGGGAACUGCAUUUCAGCCUCAGGUGCAGCCACAGCUAGUAGCUCCCACGCCAACCUACCAGCAUCCUGGAGUGCCUUACAUCUGUACAACAGUGGCAUCUUCUCCACGACAACCUGUCGCAGCACCACCGGCAUUCAGUUUUUCAGUUCCUCAUUAUGCGACAAUGCCUCCAUUAGCACCAGUGCCUCAAACCCUGCACAGUGCUUCAGUUCCUGCCAUGAACAUUCCUACUCUUGCAGGCACUUCCCUCCAUCCAUCCACUCUCCAGCCACUGAAGAGAUCAGAAUACUUGGUGCCUCAUCGCCCUUUGCAUGCUGCACCCCAGCCUAAGAUUCCUGAUUUUGUGAAUGACAACGAAAGGGAAUUCGCUAACCUCAAGUUAGCACUAGACAAUCUUCUUGAACCUCAUGCAGAGCUAGAUGAGAAAUACAAGUACCAUAUCUUGCUGGAACACCUUAAACUGCCUGAGGCACAAAUGAUUGGCCAGUCCUGCCGCCAUCAUCCAUACCCGUACUCCGCAGCUAUGCAAGCUCUUCAGUUACAAUAUGGCCAACCCCAUCAGCUGGCGCAGAGCGAAAUAGCAGCAAUCCUCACAGCACCAGAGGUAAAACCAAAUGAUGCACGCAGUUUUCAGAGUUUUGCUCUCCGUGUUCACCUCUUAGUGAGCAUGCUGUUAUCUUUGGAGGGACCCAGAGGGAUGGAGUUGAACUGCUGCUCGCAUGUGGAUCGUUUGGUUGGUAAACUGCCAAAGUACUUAAGAGAUGGUUUCAUAGAGUUUCUCCAGCUACAAGGGAAGCUCAACUCCCUCAGUAUUAACCCGUACAACCUACAAGACUUUGCAGGGUGGCUCCACGUCAAAGCUCAGCAACAGAGAUUGUCUAGCAGGUUAGUGCAACGUUACCAGUAUGAACGUGAUCCCAGUGGUUCAAAGGAGAAGAGUGCAUCUAAACCAAGAAGCCAAAGUACAGCCUUGUAUCAUGGUGCAGCAGCCAUGGAGGAUACAGCAUCCCCCGGUUCUUGGAAGAAGACCCCCCUCAAAGUCAACUGCCUUUUCUGUGGCAGUAAAGAACACUACAUCACUCGAUGCAGUAGUAUUAAAGAACAGUCAGUGUCUGAUCUUUGUAAGUGGAUUUCAGAGGGGAAGCGCUGCUGGAAAUGUGCCCGUUCCCAUGCGCCUGAGACCUGUAAUCUGAAGAAACCCUGCAGUGACUGUGGUGGUAUUCACCUUCAAGUGCUCCAUGGCGUGGCCCGAAGUCGUGCAACCAAUACAUCAUCAGCGACCUCAGAGAGCCGCAUCUACCUUUUGCCAUCCAUUGCAUCAGGCAGAGUCUUUCUGAAAGUGGUGCCUGUGCUGUUGCACCACGAAGCAAAGACAAUAGAGACUUAUGCUAUAUUAGAUGAUGGAGCACAGCGCACCAUGAUCCUACCUACUGCUGUCCAGCAGCUUCAGCUUAAAGGUGAACCUGAGACUCUAGCACUUCGUACAGUCCGUCCAGACACCACUCACCUUAAUGGCUCAAAAGUCACCUUCGAAAUCUCUGCAAGAGGUAAACCAGAGAAACGCUAUCAAGUGUUCGGAGCAUUCACGGCUUCUGGCAUUGAUCUGGUGGAACAGUCAUACCCAGUGCAGACUCUUCAGAGACGGUAUGCACAUCUAAGAGGUGUUCCACUACAGCCCUUUCACAAGGUACGUCCACUGGUGCUCAUAGGUUCAGACCAAGUUCAUCUUAUUACUGCUAAAGAGCCUAUUCGUCAAGGCAGCAAAGGGGGACCCGUGGCAGUCUGUACAGCUCUUGGCUGGGCACUUCAAGGGGCAGAAAUGAGUAUCACAGGCCAAGAACCAGUGCAGCAGUGUUUCUUCAUCUCCACUGACCACCCAGAUGAUCUUCUUUACAGAAAUGUGGAGAGGUUAUGGCAACUGGAUGUGCUGCCUUUUCGUAACGAGAAACUGGUUGUCCGGUCUAGGCAAGACAAAGAGGCUAUGCAGUUGCUUGCAUCUGAAACUGAGCGAGUCAAUGUUAAGGGAGUACAGCGUUACGCCACACCUCUUCUGUGGAACCCAGGGACUCCAGAGCUUAAGGGCUCCAUGCAGUCCGUCCUUGCAAAUCUGAGGAACACUGAGAGGAGACUCCAGAAGGACCCUGACAAGGCCUCAAUCUAUUCAGGAGAGAUUGCCAAGCUCAUAGAGGCAGGUUACGUAGUCAAGCUCAACCAGACGGAUGCGACACAAACAGAGGCAUGGUACCUGCCCCAUCAUCUUGUGAGUCAUAACAAUAAACAUCGACUGGUGUUUGACUGUUCUUUCAGAUACCAUGGCCUGUCCUUGAACGACCAGCUCCUCCCAGGUCCCACACUUGGACCAUCGCUGUUAGGAGUACUCCUGAGAUUCAGACAGCAUCCUGUGGCAAUGAGCGCAGAUAUCAAGGGCAUGUUCCAUCAGGUCCGUCUAUUGCCGAAAGACAGACCCUUUCUCCGUUUCAUUUGGAGAGAUCUGCAGAGUGGAAACUUUCCAGAUGUAUACGAGUGGCAGGUUCUGCCAUUUGGUACUACAAGCAGUCCAUGCUGUGCCAUCUUUGCUCUGCAACAUCACGCUUGCAAUUCUGAAGCCAAAUAUCCAGGGCUGCAACGGCUAGUCCACCAAAGCUUCUACGUGGAUAACUGCCUGACAAGCUUCCCUACUGUCUCAGAAGCCAAGCAAGCUGUGGACCAGUUGCGCAGCAUGUUAGCAGAAGGAGGGUUCGACUUAAGACAGUGGGCUAGCAGUCAUCCAGCGGUGGUAGCUCAUCUACCGACAGAAGCCCGGUCAUCAGCUACAGAGCAGUGGUUGGUGCAAAAUCGUGUUGACCUUAUGGAACCUACAUUAGGCCUCAGGUGGAAUUGUGCAGCUGAUACCCUCGGCUAUCAUUAUCGGCUCAUUGAGCAUGCAGAACUGACGAUGAGAGCUGCUUACCAGGUGUUGGCGUCCCAAUAUGAUCCACUGGGGUUCAUAUUGCCAUUCACCACCAGAGCAAAGGUGAUCAUCCAACAGUUGUGGGCUAAAAAGAGAGACUGGGAUGACCCAGAUCUACCGCCAAACCUUAAGGCCACCUGGACUGACUGGGAAAGCGAGCUUAAACAACUCUCUACAGUUUCCAUUCCUCGCUGUUACACGCCAGCCUCCACAACUGCAGCAGAACAGCACAGCUCCCUUCAUGUGUUCUGCGACGCCUCUGAAAGAGCGUACGGAGCAGUGGCAUAUUUGGCCGUUGAAACCAGCGGUGACAUUCAUGUUUCCUUUGUAAUGGCCAGAUCACGGGUUGCUCCUAAGAGGCAGCAGUCUAUACCCCGCCUGGAGCUUUGCGCUGCCUUAGCUGGAGCUCAGCUGGCCAAACUGGUGAGGGAUGAGCUGACACUCUCCAUCAGUCAGACAAUUCUGUGGACAGACUCCAUGACCGUGCUAGAGUGGAUUCAGUCAGACUCUUGCCGGUACAAGGUGUUCGUUGGGACAAGAGUCACCGAGAUCCAAGAAUUGACAGACUACAGCUCUUGGAGGUAUGUUAACACGCAGGAUAAUCCAGCUGACGACAUAACGAGAGGCAAAACCCUUCAAAGUUUGUCCAAGCCCAGUCGGUGGAGUCAAGGGCCUCCAUUCUUGAAACAAAGCCCAGAGCACUGGCCCAAAAGACCUGAAGUUGCACCGUCAGAAGUAGUUUCUGAAUUGAAAGGCCUAAUGUGCUACUCUGUUAUGGCAGUUGGAAUGGAGUCCAACCUCCCCGAUGUUACACAGUUCAAGACCUGGCGAGAGUUAGUAAGGGCAACUCUACAAGCCUGUCAAGGGGCGGCCACAUCAAACAGUGAAAUAAUGACUAACAGAGAGGCGGAAGCUGUCUUGUUGAGGGCAUGUCAAGCUCAGAGCUUCCCGGAAGAGGUAGCUGCCCUUAAAGCAAAGAAAUGUAUUCCUGCACACAGUCGAUUAGUUAACCUCGCUCCAGAGUGGGACCCCCUGACCAACAUGAUACGAGUCGGGGGCCGUCUAAGAAGGCUUGCAAACUCAGACCCAGAACAAAUUCAUCCCAUUGUACUGGACCCAAGACACGCGGUAACAAAGCUCCUUAUUCAAGAAUUUGACGAGCGUCUGUUACAUCCGGGAGCUGAGAGAGUCUAUGCUGAGAUACGUAGGCAGUAUUGGGUUCUCAGAGGACGCCAGGCUAUCAAGCACCAUCAACUCCAUUGUCAGCCCUGUCAGCGCUGGAGAGCGCAGCCAAAGGUACCUCAAAUGGCAGAUUUGCCACCAGAACGCCUCCGUCUACUCUGCCCACCCUUUUAUUCAACGGGUGUUGACUGCUUUGGCCCGUACCUGGUCAAAAUAGGAAGGAGAAAUGAGAAACGCUGGGGCCUGAUCUUCAAAUGCCUCACAACCAGGGCAGUUCACAUCGAGCUUCUUAAUUCGAUGGAUGUCGAUGCCUUCCUUCUUGCACUCCGCAGGCUCAUUGCCAGAAGAGGACAACCUCGCGAGAUCCGUUCUGAUUGUGGCACCAACUUCCGCGGGGCAGAAAGAGAGCUACGGGAAGCCUUCUGCAGUAUGGAGUCAGAACUCCAAAUCCGUCUUGCAGACCACCAAAUUGACUUUAAGCUUAACCCGCCCAGCGCUCCUCAUUUUGGCGGAAUAUGGGAGCGCGAGGUCCGCUCUAUAAAAAAUGCUCUCCAGGUAGCCGUUGGGAACCAAGCAGUCACAGAGGAUGUUCUGUCCACAAUCCUAGUGGAAGUGGAGGGAAUUCUCAAUUCAAAACCUCUGGGAUAUGCAUCGACAGAUGUUGCCGACAUCGAUCCGAUUACUCCAAACAUUCUCCUUAUGGGGCGGCGGGAUGCCUCUCUCCCUCAGGUGGCGUAUGCUCCAGGAGACAUGGGGCGGCGGAGGUGGCGUCACUGUCAACACAUGGCGGAUCAAUUCUGGAUACAGUUCACCAAAAACUACUUGCCUACACUUCAGACAAGGCAGAAGUGGCAUAAAGCUUCCGAAAACCUGGAGGUCGACUCUGUUGUACUGAUUGUGGAUCCGCAACUCCCUAGAGCUCAGUGGCCCAUAGGCAGAGUUCGGAAGACAUUGCCCAGCAGUGAUGGAUGUGUGCGAACUGUUGAAGUUGUCAUUGACGGUAAAGCUUACAUUAGACCAGUUGCACGCUUGAUACAGUUGCCUGCUCUAGAAGGUAACACCACAGACAGUUAGAGAAUUCUCUUGAUUACCCAAUUGCUGAUCAAUUGUGGGGGCGGCUGUUGCGAAUUCUCUCCCUUUAGAAAUUGAGCUGGUUACGUGGGUGACGUUUUAAGUUGCGUUGUACGCAGAUAACGUAGUGCAGCGUUCUCAGCACGUACGAACUAAGUGUAAUUGCCUAUUCACUAAGCUACACCAGUUGAGCAUCAUAUUGUGCACGCGUUCAUGUACAGCGUUCAUGUGCAAGAGAAAGUUUAUGACAAAAAACUACCAUGUACCACUAUGGUCACUCUUGUGCAUUAAACACUUAAACGCUCUCUGAUGACUCCGACUCUUUGACCAGAGUUCUGCAGCGGUCAAUAGCAUAGUCCACCAGUUUUCAGUGGGGCA